CUUGGUCUAAGUGUAGCAUAUUGUUUUUCCCCCAAAGCCCAAACCAAUUAAAAUUAAAAUUAAAAGAUGAUCGGGCUUCUCUCUUUGCCGGAAUAAACCAACCAAGGCUCUCUUAUCAGUAGCAGAGCGAUUCAUAUCAUAGAGACGGACACGUGUUGCUCUCCAUAUCUGAUUCUUUUUUUUCCCGCCAAAACCUCGAGAUAUUCAUGACGGAUAAUACAUCCAACACAUCAUCAAUCCGCUCUAUCCUGGAGCAAGAGAAGCUUAAUGGAGAGAAUUUUCUAGAUUGGUACAAAAAACUGAGGACAGUCCUUGAGCAUGAAGGAAAGUUUUAUGUUUUUGAAACAAUUCUUCCUCAACCACCUACGGUAGAUUCUACCAUGGCUGAAAAGGCUGCCUAUAAGAAGCAUGAAAAUGAUGUGUUAGACGUUUCUUGGCUGAUAUUUGCCAGCAUGACUCCAGAGAUUCAACUUCUCCAUGAGGAUAAGAACGCAUUUGAUAUGAUUGAGACUAUGAAGCACAGUUACCAACGAGAAAUUAGGCAAGAGAGGUUUGAACUCUCUAAGACCUUAUUUCGGUGUAAAUUUUUGCCACAAAAAGAAUCUGUUGAAGUUCAUGUUCAAGAAAUGAUAGGCUACCUUGAAAGACUUGAGAACUUGGGAUAUCCUUUGGGCCAAGAGUUGGCGACUGAUUUAAUUCUUCAAUCGUUGCCUGCUAGUUUAAGUCAAUAUAUCAUGGACACUAAAUUGAAUGAAAUUGACAAAUCCCUGUCAAAUCUACUUCAAACAAUAAAGGAUGCUGAGAAAGAAAUCGGUAAAAUUAGUCCCGACAUAUCUUCGAUCACACAAGGAUUAAAACCAACAGGUAGCGUGGCUGAAGAAGGAAAUUGUUUUCAUUGUGGUGAAAAGUGUCACUGGACAGGAGGAAAUUGCAAUGUCUACUCUGAAGAAUUACAGGAUAAUAAUGAAGGGGUCAUUUGUAUUUCAGGGACUAAAGAAUUACAAUGUGCAACAAAGGAAUGCGAGUUGCAUAAGCGUAAGGCAGAGGUUGAAGCCGAGUUUACACCGGCACCGAAGUGUUUCCACACGUUGGAUAACAACAUUGCUGGCAAGAGUCCCACUAAGGGUCCAUUGCCUAAGAAAGGCCAAUCCUCGAAGGCGAUUCAUGUGGCUGGCAGUAACCAGACCAAGCCUAAUAAGAGAUUUAAAGAGUUAUGCGACAGUUGUGGGAGACAUCAUCCCGGAGAGUGCUGGGUACAUACUGGAGCCUGUUUAGGAUGUGGACAGAUUGGUCACUUUCGCAGAAACUGCCCGACCAACCCAGGCGCACCCUUUUCUAAAGCACGAACCCAAGGAAAGUAGCAAAACCGGAACAACCAGAAGCCGCUAGGGGGAGCACCAACAUGCUAGAGAGGGUUAUCGGAACAAUGACCGUAAUGCUUGGUACAUUUUCACUCUUCAACAUUGAUGUGCUUUAAGUGUACUUUUGAUGAUAAUAAUAAUAUUAGAGUCUCUGUGUUCAAUGAGGCAGUGUGCAGUUUUGAAUAGCAAUUAGACAGUGCUGAUCUAUUUUUUUCUUUUGGCCAUACAAUAAAAACAGUCAUAUGGAGCAAUGCUUUCCCCU